AUGUCUACACAUACCACUGUUUCUACCCUUCGCAAAGACCUCACGUCUGAAGAUGUAGCCUUGGCCCGCCGCUUUCGUGCCCUCUUCUCGCUCAAACAUCUUGCUUCGCAGUCACCGGGACCAGAAGCCUCUUCAGCCAUAGAAGCCAUCGCCGCAGCAUUUGCCUCACCCUCCGCACUACUGAAACACGAGCUUGCAUACUGUCUAGGCCAAACAAAGAAUGCUGAAGCUGUCCCUUUUCUACGAGCAGUUCUAGAGAACAAAUCCGAAGAUGCCAUGUGCAGGCAUGAAGCCGCUGAAGCACUUGGUGCACUGGGAGAUCUGGGGAGUGUAGAUGUCAUGAAGCAGAUGAAGGAUGAUGAGAAAGAGUCCGUGGUGGUCAGGGAAACAUGUGAGAUUGCCAUUGAUCGAAUUCAAUGGGCUCAUUCCGAUUCCAAAGACACCGAAACCCUUAAUCCAUCCGAUUUUGCUUCCAUCGACCCUGCUCCACCAAUGCCUGUUACUUCUCAGACGCCGUCCAUUCCAGACCUACAGAAAAGCCUUCUCGACACCUCGCUACCGCUUUUCCAGAGAUACCGGGCCAUGUUUGCCCUGCGUGACCUCGCUUCUCCCCCAGAUUUACCGACCGCGGUCCCUGCUGUCCAAGCCCUGGCUUCUGGCUUUGUCGAUCCUUCAGCAUUAUUCCGGCACGAGGUCGCAUUCGUAUUCGGCCAGUUAUCGCACCCCGCCUCCAUACCUGCUCUCUUUGCGGUGCUUGAGAAUGCAACAGAAGAGAGUAUGGUUCGUCAUGAGGCUGCCGAGGCUCUUGGGAGUCUGGGGGAAGAACCAGGGGUCGAAGAUAUGCUGAAGCGUUUCCUCAAUGACCCAGAGCAGGUUGUGCGUGAAAGUGUCGUGGUGGCGUUGGAUAUGGCCGAGUAUGAAAAGAAUGGUGAGAUGGAGUAUGCCACGAUUCCCGAGCCAGUGGCGGCAUGA